AGUGGCCAGAGCAUGACGUUUAUGUAAAGGCAGGUGCUAUUGCUUCUCUCCGGCAGAGUUGAGAUAGUUCACUUCUGACUCUUUGUUCUUGAUCUCUAAUGCUGAGUUGCCAUAGGAUUCUAUGAUCAUCUGGCCAGCUUGGAAACUCCUCCUGUGUUUGAGCCUUCUGGAAAAGAUGGCCUUAUUAAUCUAGUAGAGAGAACUUUAAGGAUGCUGUGAGGUUUAUGUUAGUCUGAUAACGACAAAACCUUGAUAACAUUUAAUAUCAGUGCGUUUUCACAAAACUCCACGUCCACAGCCAGUACUAACUUUAAAAAAGGGGGGGGGGAGGAAAAAUAGAAUCCUCCUACCCUCUUAAAAGGCCUACUGUAGGCUGCCAGUCUCACUUUUCCUCCCUUCCACCCCUUUUUUAUUGUUUCACUGUGGAAGUUUGUACCUGAGAAGGCAUGUGUUUCCAUUUAGAGAAAAUGUCUAUGGUAUGAAACAGUGAAAGUCAGUUGAUUUGGGGAUGACUCAGCUCUUUCUGGGAGCAUCAUCUUCUAACUUGCAGAGUUAAGUUAGAUGCAGUAGAAGAGAAUUCUGCACCUGCUUUUAAACUCUUUUGCCCUUAUUUCAAAGCCCAGCUCAUUCUCGGAAUUUGUUAAGAAGCAGUGUGGUAGGACUGGGAUAAGCAAGAAAAAGAAAAGCAUGUUGUCACUUGAGACUGCCUUAGAACUGUUUCCCAGUCAGGGUUGGGUGUUUCCUGCCCUUUGGAAGAGAACAGGCCUAAACAGUACCUUCUUCAUCCUGUAGCUGCGAGGAAGGCACCAGGAUCGAGGUUAGAGAUGACUUACCUGGCUGAUGUUUAGUUGAGUGUAAAUGAAACUAACUUUAAAUACGGAAUGAAACCAUAGAAGUGAAAAGAUGCUGUGUUUUUAAAGGACGCAUUUCACAUACAUUUUAUUUCUUGAGCAAAAUGUAAAAAACCUAAAGAAUGAAAUUGCAAAGUCAAUGGGAGAAUCAGAGACCUAUAUUUAAAUGAUAUGCCUGCUUGUUGGAUUUUGUGCAACAUUUAGUUUCUUUAACCUUAGUUUCUUAAUGUAAAAUGGGGUAAAUAAUAUUUAUCUCAUAGAAUUAUCCUAAAGAUCAAAUAAAGGCUUUAAAGCCUUUUACACAGUGUCUGUCUCAGAGUAGCUGCUUAAUCAAUGGCAGCUAUAUUGAUGAUAAAAACUUAAUAUUAUUGAAUACUUUGCCAGGCCAAAAAAGGAAAGAAAGAAAGAAGGAAGAGGACAUGGGGAGUACAAGGGACGGUGAUAACAAAAUGAACUGAUGAUGUGUACAUAAAGUAGAUCACAUUAGGCAGGGGUGUCAUGAGGAUUAGUGCGAUAGUGACCUUGUUGCUAAGUGCAAAAGCAAAACAAUGACAUAAAAACAAGUAGGCUCGGCACUGGUGGAGGAGAGAGAUGGCGGCAGACACUGCAGGAAAGAAAGCUGAUUAAAAAGGGGCCUUUGAUUCCACAGGCACAAAAAUCCACAGCCAGGAAUUUGCUGCCACCUCUGAGUCAGGCAGGGGGGUGGGGGUGGGGUGCACAAUCCCAUUAGUAGAGAAUGCCCAGUGGAUUUAGUCUGAGAGUCACAUUUCUUAUUUGGACCAGUGUAGACAGAAGCAAACCCAGCUCACUUGUUUCCUGGGACAGUUGAGUUAGGGGAUGGCUUUUGCAGAGCACUCACCGCUGACCCCUCACCGCCGGGACCUCUGUAGCCGCUCUAUCUGGCUAGCAAGGAAGAUUCGUUCAGACCUGACUGCUCUUUUGGAAUCUUAUAUGAAGCAUCAGGGCCUGAACGAGAACAUAAACCUGGACUCUGUGGAUGGCGUGCCAAUGGCAAGCACUGAUCGGUGGAGUGAGCUGACUGAGGCAGAGCGACUCCAAGAAAACCUCCAAGCUUAUCGUGCCUUCCAUGCUAUGUUGGCCAGGCUUUUAGAAGACCAGCAGGUGCAUUUUACUCCAGCUGAAGGGGAUUUCCAUCAAGCAAUACAUACCAUCCUGCUCCAAGUUGCUGCCUUUGCUUACCAGCUGGAGGAAUUAAUGAUGCUCUUGGAACACAAGAUCCCCCCCAACGAGGCUGAUGGGAUGCCCAUGAUUGGUGGAGAUGGUGGUCUCUUCGAGAAGAAGCUGUGGGGCCUAAAGGUGUUGCGAGAGCUUUCACAGUGGACAGUGAGAUCUAUCCAUGACCUUCGAGUCAUUUCUUCUCAUCAGACUGGGAUUCCAACACAUGGGAGCCAUUAUAUUGCUAAUGACAAGAAAAUAUAGCAAUUAUCCCCUCCUCUCUCUCCCUCCUUCCUUUUCUAAUGGAAUAUACACUGCCCUGAGGCCUUAGUUUCCCAUUCUUGUUUUGAAGGGUUGAAAGUUUUCUAACCUUUGAGACCAUAGGCAUUUUCAUCAAGUAGGGUUGGAGACCUGGACAGGUAUGAUUGUGUGUGUAUGUGUGUAUGUGUGUUGGGGCCAUAAUGGAAUGGAGGCAAGGGCAACAUCCUUCCACCUUAGUGCUCUAACCUUUCUACCCACUAAGUUAACUUUACAAGGAUUUAACAGUCUCACAGGAUAAAUGUGUUUAACUUUAGUCCUAGAUGACUUUUCUGGGAAGAUUAAAAAUUAAUAGUCCUGGACUCUAGCCAAUUCAAACUCCUGGAUAAUAAAAAUACUAACAUUUAUUAAGUACUAUAUUGUAGCAGUAUGCCGGGAGCUCUGUGUAUCUUAAAAUAUUCACAACAGCCCUCUUGAGGGAGGUUUUUCUCAUCUGGCAGAUGAGAAAACAAGUUCUAACUUGGUCAAGAUUACCCAACUAGCAAAUGGCACACUUAAGUUCGAACCCAGGUAUUUCUUAUCCCAAAGCCUAUGUGCCCUCUACUCUAGAGGCCUGAUUAUGACCCUCUGUCACUGCACCUCUUUGCCGUAGAGAGUUGGAAAAUACAUUCAUGUAUUCUAUCCCCAGCACUGGAAAACAAUCCCCAUUAUAUGUCCUUAUAGGUCAGUGACACAAUUUUAGUGUUAAAGGCGGUAUUUGUUGCCCACGCUUGGCAAAGACGAGAGCAUUAGAGAUGUUAAAAUUCUGUUUGGGGAAAAGAGUAGGCCCACCAGACUUCUGAAAUUAGGAAACUGAAGAUGUGCUGUAAUACAGCCUGCUUUAUAAAGUGUUCCCAAAUGUUUUAGGGUUGGGCACAGCUCAGAGCAGCUUACCCCGCAUUUAUGGUGAUCAGCAGUACAGCGAUACAGGCCCUGUAAGCAAACAUUCACGGACAAUGGUUGGAAUAGUACUCAGGUUAAAAUGUCACAAAACUCCUUUACCACACAUUCUCUGGACUUAGUCAUGAGGAGAGGGUGAGGCCCACUCUGUUCCCAGUGGGAAUGCCAGCAAUUCUGAAACAAUAUAUAGCACAGCCUCCAUGUUUCACAACAGAGGGACAGGGUGCUGUGUUUAAUGUUCUUGAGAGAAACACUGUGAAAGACACCAAUGGGCAAAUGUGGGAAUUAAUGGAAAGGUCAUUUGUAGUCGGGUCUGUGGACUAGUGGUGCGGCAGAAAUCCAGAAGUUCCCAGGUGUAAUGGUAUUUCACACUACCAGUUAAACCCACCAUCUUGGAUGCAGGACCCAGAUUAAUUUAGUUUACUUAUUUGAAGCUCCUGUGCUCUUAAGUGAAUCAGGAAUCGGAGAGGGCUGGCACCCAUAGGCUGCAUGAGAUGGGAUGGGGUGACCUAGCUUGUGUCUUUUUCCCACAAGGGUUCAUGAGGUCAGUGUUAAAAGGACUCUGGUUGGGCACUGUGGCAAUACAAGGGACAUAAGGCCCUGCUAUGUUCUCUGCAUUUGUGGAAAUGAGCUUGUAUGCA